GAUAAAUUAACAAAAAUACGUUUAGGCGGUGCUCUAUACAGAAUCAUAAUUGGAUAAAGGCUUUCGAAGACGAAAAUGCCCUUUUGGUAUAGUGUCGAAACUGCCCUCGCUCACAUGUCACUACUCACAGAAAACCUCCUCAAAACCUCCCUACAGUCUCUGUCGUUCGUCUUCAAUCUCUCUCUGUCUCGUUUGGAUUUUGCUUGAUCCACGGUUUUUUAUCUUCUUACGAAUCAAUCUUCGGUUUAAGAUUCAGUCUUAUUCUCUGUGUUUGGCUCUUGUUUCACUGAAGAUGUCAGGAUCGGAGAUUGUCAAGAGGGGUAGGGGAAGCGAAGAGGAAGCUGAAACGAAAAGGAGGAAAAGGAGACGCCUGAACGUAGAAAAUGCUGCCGAAGAGGAAGCUGAAGCAAACAAGAGGAGACACUUGAAAGUGGUAUUCCUGGGGCACUCAGAGGCUGGAAAAUCUACCAUUGUAGGACAGAUUCUUCUUCUUACUGGUCAAGUAGAUGAUCAAGAAAUGCAAAAGUACAAGGAAGAAGCAAAAGAAAAUAGCAGAGAAGGCUGUUAUUUGGCAUAUACAAUGGAUACAGAUGAAUACGAGAGGCGCAGGGGUACGGUUCAAGUUGGAAAAGCAAUGUUUGACACUAGUAGUUGUACCUUUACGAUUCUGGAUGUUCCGGGACUUUGUACCGGAAAUGAUUAUAGGAGCAUCUCAGCAGAUGUUGCUGUGCUGGUGAUUUCGGCUAGGAGAGAUGAAUUUGAAACAGGAUUUCAAGAGGGUGGGGAGAUGGAGAUGGUCGGGCAGACACGUGAACAUGUUCAAAUCGCCAGAGGGUUGGGUGUGUCGAGCCUGAUCGUUGUUUUGAACAAGAUGGAUGAUCCAACCGUCAUGUGGUCGAAAGACAGGUACGAUGAAAUAAAACAAGAAGUGCUACCGUUUCUGGAAUCCUUUCGCUGCGGAACCAUAAAUGCCUUUUUGCCGAUAUCUGGUCUUCUUGGCAUCAAUAUGGACAAGGGCAUGGAUGAAGAUGUUUGUCCUUGGUGGCGUGGCCCGACCUUGUUUGAAGCACUUGACUCUGUUGAGUUUGUUCGGCUAGCGAAUCCUAAUGGUCCAUUCAGGAUGCCUAUUUUCUCACAUUACAAAGACGAGGAAACUGUUGUCAUGGGUAAUGUGGAAUCUGGCUGCAUUCGGGAGGGUGAUUUCUUGAGCCUUAUGCCAAACCAGGUACCUGUUGAAGUCAUUGCUCUGUAUUGCGAUGGGGAUAUAGUUGAUCAAUCAGGACCACGUGACAGUCUCAUAGUUUAUCUAAGAGGCAUUGAAGAUGAGGACAUUGUUUCAGGUUAUGUAUUAUCUAGCCUCGUACAACCUAUUCGUGCUCCAAACACGUUUUUGGCCCACCUAGAAUUUCUGAAGCAGCCUCAAAAUACUAUUUUUUACGCUGGCUACAAAGCCGUUCUUCACACCCAUGCGAUGGUAGAGGAAUGUGAGAUAACCGAGAUGAUACCCCCUGGAGUAGGAGUGAUGUAUGCCACGGAUGAUGAUGAUGAUGCUAUAUGCCGUAUACAGGUUGACCAUGGUCCCAUUUGCAUGGAAGCAUUCUCGCAUCGCUUAGGAAGAUUUGUGCUAAGAUGUGGAAGGAAAACGAUUGCUGUCGGUUAUGUCGUUUAGGAGUUGUUUUCGAAACCUUUUGGACUACGGAAUUAUGUUGUUGUUCGUACAGUUUUUUUUUAUGAGUGAGAUUUUACAGGAAUUUUGACUUUUUAUGCAAUUCGAAAAUUUAAAGGGUGGUUUUUGUUACCAUGACUCUAAAAUAGGGUCUUUUCGACAUCUUGUUGAUAUUAAUCGAGGACUUUCGCUGA